AUCAAAUCUCAAUGAUCCUCAAUGGUUCCCAAUUUGCAUGAGUUGCGACCACCGACCCUCUUUCCUUUGCCUUGCCCCAACUUGAGAUCCCAACACACACACAAACACACUUAAAGUCUCCGAUUCAUUCGCCUCUCUUUUCUCUCCCUCUCUUUCUUCGAUCCCUUUUCUUGUUUUUAUCAACCCUGAAAAAAAUAUUCCAUAUUUAUUGACAUUGUUAAAAAAAAAGCUAUUGGAAUCUGAAUCUUUUUCCUGUUGUAUUUAUAGGGUCUGAUUCAUUCCCAAAAGGGGUUCUAAAAAACUAUUCCUUUUUUAUUUUUAUUUUUAGGUUUUUUUUAUAUAAUUCUUAUAAAUAAGGACAUAUAGAUAUAUAUUAUAUAUAUAUAUAUAUAGAAUAAGCAAAUAUGAUAAAAGGGUUGUAAGUGUGUGUGUGUGUGUGGGGAGGCGUAUUGAUAGUGAAAUGUCGGAAUUGGUGGCACGAACUGGUCGUCAUCAGCAACGUUAUGAGGCCGGUUGCCGGCUUAUUGCAGGGUGCAUUCCUUAUAGAUUUCGGUACUUGGAAGGUGAUAAUAAUGGUAAUAAAUCCGAUGACAAGAUUUUAGAGGUACUAAUGAUCAAUUCCACUAGUGGACCUGGUCUUUUGUUUCCAAAGGGUGGAUGGGAAAACGAUGAAACUGUUGAAGAGGCAGCUGCACGUGAAGCGUUGGAAGAGGCUGGAGUUCGAGGGGAUUUGAUGCAUUUUUUGGGGCACUAUCAUUUCAAAAGUAAAACGCUACAAGACGAGUUUAGCCCAGAGGGCAGGUGUCGGGCUGCAAUGUUUGCAUUAUUUGUAAAGGAAGAGCUGGACUCGUGGCCUGAAAUGAGCCGUCGAGUCAGAAGUUGGGUUACCAUAUCCGAAGCCAUGCAGUGUUGCAGGCACUCGUGGAUGCGGGAAGCUCUGGAAAAUGGAUUCAACAAGUGGAGCGCUGGUGGUAUGAUUAGAACUAUGAAAGCUACAAACCAAGUUUCUGUAGAUGCUUCUGAUGGCGUCAAGAAUCAUCUUCUUCAACCAAACUUUUAACUGUUUGGGUGAAUUUCAUGAGUUAAGACUCGAGACUAGUUGAAAAUUGAAACUACCCUUUUGUUUUC